AUAGUAUUUGCUUCAUCAUAACUCAAUAUAUGGUUGUUCCUUUGUCUUGAUCACUUCACCAAUUUGGCUAUUUCCCCUUAAAUUGAUCUUGUUUCCUUAUCCACACCUUACCACCAUUCGCUUCUAACUUCUAACAUUCAUCGAUUCAUCCCCUACUCGAUUCAUAUGAUCAUGAGGCCGAAACCUCAAAACCCUGUUAACAUCAAGCUGAUUAUACUUGGAGUUACUGUCGGUUUUCUUGUGCUCUUCGUUUUGAGAUCAAGCUUUUCGUCUUCUGAUAUGAAUACUUCGGGUUUACAAACACUAGUGAAAAAAGAUUCCGAUUGUUUAUCAACUUGUACGAAACUCCCAUCUUCCUUAUCUCAUGCCCUUAUUCACUACACAACCUCAAGCAUAACACCCCAACAAACACUCCAAGAAAUUUCAGUCACAGCCCAAAUCCUACUAAACAAGUCUCCUUGUAACUUUCUAGUUUUCGGGCUAGGCCAUGAUAGUCUUAUGUGGAACGCGCUCAACUAUGGAGGACGUACUAUCUUCCUAGAAGAAGAUCAAGCAUGGAUUCACCAAAUUAAACGACGAUUUCCUAUGUUAAAUUCAUACCAUGUUGUAUAUGACACUAAGGUUAAUCAAGCUCAUAAUUUGAUGGAUUUGAGUAAAGGCCUAGAAUGCACUUCAAUUACUCAUCCUAAACAUUCUAUGUGUCAACUUGCAUUGAAAACUUUGCCUAAGGAAGUUUAUGAAACCGAGUGGGAUUUGAUUAUGGUGGAUGCACCCACAGGGUAUUAUGAUGAGGCACCGGGUAGGAUGACCGCGAUUUAUACUGCAGGGAUGAUUGCUAGGAAUAAGAAGGAAGGUGAAACUCAUGUGUUUGUUCAUGAUGUCAAUAGAGAAGUAGAGGAUGAAUUCUCUAAGGCUUUUUUGUGUGAAGGUUAUAUGAAGGAACAACAAGGAAGGUUGAGGCACUUUACUAUUCCAAGUCAUAGGGAUGAUGCCUUAGGAUCAAAGCCAUUUUGUCCUUAAUUUUCUUUUUAAAUUUGGACUUUUCUUGCUUUUUCCCCAUUAUUUGGCAGUCAAGAUCAAGUUUUGCUCUACAAUUUUAUGUAUGAUGAUAUAUACCGUUUAAUAACAUAAUAUACCAUUUUUCCAUGUUCUCAAAUUGUUUUAAAUUUAUGUUUUUUAUGAGUAUAUAAUAUAUUAUAGG